AUGGCCGCUGCCAGCCGGGUUUGGACUUCACUGCUGCCCCGCAGCCCCUCCGGUCUUCCUGCCGGGGUCCCAGUGCUGCGUGCUGCCCUAUGCCUACUCUGCGGGGCCCUGGCGGCUGUGGACGCCGUCCCCGAGCCUGGCCUCUGGGUAGCGACUGUCAACGACAAAUCUGGACCAUUGAUAUUUAGGAAAACUAUGUUCAACUCUACUGAGAUCAAGUUUUCUGUGAAGUCAUUCAGUUGUUCCGGGCCUAUGAAGUUUACCAUAGAAUGGCAUUUGAAGUAUCAUACCUGUUACAAUGAAUAUCCUGAGCUGAAAGAGCAGCUGUCACAGAAACAUGAACUCCUUGUUGAUGAAGACUUCUGUGGGAGUUAUUUCAAGAAUAUUGAUUGUUGGACAACCAAAAAUGAAAACUUAGAAUGUAACAGUGAUUUACAGGUGUUUCCAUCAUUGACUAAUAAAGAGCUAAUGCCAAAUAUCAAAAAUGUUUCAAACCACGAAGGACCAACGGAUGUAAUUGCCCGAACACAGAGAGAUGGGUUUCAUAUCUUUAUUGUAUCUAUUAAAACGGAGAAAACAGAUGCAAACUGGAAUUUGAAUGUUUCUCUUUCUAUGAUGGGGCCUCAUGGAUAUAUCUCUGCAUCAGACUGGCCGCUGAUGAUUUUCUACAUGGUGAUGUGUAUUAUUUAUAUUUUAUAUGGUGUACUCUGGCUGAUGUGGUCAGCCUGUUACUGGAAAGAUAUAUUAAGGAUCCAGUUCUGGAUUGCAGCUGUUAUUUUCCUGGGAAUGCUUGAAAAAGCAGUAUUUUAUUCUGAAUACCAAAACAUCAACAGCACUGGACUGUCAACUCAAAGCUUAUUAAUAUUUGCAGAGUUGAUUUCUGCGGUUAAGAGGACAUUGGCUCGUCUCCUUGUCAUCAUUGUGAGCCUAGGUUAUGGCAUUGUGAAGCCUCGUUUGGGAACAGUCAUGCACCGAGUGAUUGGCCUGGGGGUUCUGUACUUUAUCUUUGCAGCUCUUGAAGGCAUGAUGAGAGUCAUUGGGGGCUCUACCCACUUAGCUGUUGUUUUGGGUGAUAUUAUUUUAGCAGUCAUUGACUCCAUUUUUAUAUGGUUCAUUUUCAUAAGUUUGGCACAAACGAUGAAGACUCUAAGGUUAAGAAAGAACACAGUGAAAUUUUCUUUAUACAGACACUUUACAAAUACGCUGAUAUUUGCUGUAUUGGCUUCUGUAGUUUUUAUGAUAUGGACAACUAAGACAUUUAGAAUGGCAAAAUGCCAAUCGGAUUGGAUGGAACACUGGGUUGAUGAUGCAUUUUGGAGCUUCCUUUUUUCCCUUAUUCUUAUUGUCAUAAUGUUUUUGUGGAGACCAUCAGCAAAUAAUCAGAGAUAUGCCUUCAUGCCCUUAAUAGAUGACUCUGAUGAUGAAGUUGAAGAAUUCAUGGUAACGUCUGAAAAUUUAACUGAAGGAAUGAAAUUAAGAACCUCUAAAACAGUCUCCAAUGGAACAGUGAAAGCUGCCACUUCUGAUAAUUUUGAUGAAGAUUUGAAGUGGGUGGAAGAAAAUAUUCCCUCUUCAUUCACAGAUGUAGCUCUUCCAGUGUUAGUAGAUUCAGAUGAGGAAAUCAUGACCAGAUCUGAAAUGGCAGAAAAAAUGUUCUCAUCAGAAAAGAUCAUGUGA